AUGAUUGAGGGAAUCUUCUUCUACCCAACACUCGGCUACAACCUCCUCCGCAACCUGUUGCAGCAAGAGAACUGGAGCUGGUACAGUCAAGUCGACGAGGGGCUGAUCCUGGGCGCCAUGCCGUUCAAGUCAAUGAAGGAAGAGCUCAUUGAGAAAGGCGUCGGCGGUGUCGUCUGCUGCACCGAGUCGUACGAGCUAGUGGCGGCAUGGAGCGGGAUGACGGAGGAGGACUGGAAGGCCGUCGGCGUCGAAUUCUACCACAUCCCCAUGACUGACUUCGUCGGAGCCGCCGACCCUGCCGAGAUGCAAAAGGCCGUUGCCUUCAUCAACAAGAUCAACAAGGAGGGCAAGUCCGUCUACGUGCAUUGCAAGGCCGGCCGCACCCGCUCGGCUACCGUCACGACGUGUCACCUCAUGCAGAAGAUGGACCUUGGCCCCAACGAGGCCUUCGAGUUCUUGAAGAAGCAGCGGAGACAGGUCUCGCUCGGCAGCUGGCAAUGGCAGACGGUGGAGGAGUACAGGCGGUACCUCGACGCGAAUCGCCAUCUCAUCACCACCGCCGAGUCC